CAUAAAAUGAUUUAAAUGGAGACAAUGGUUCUCUAGCCGAAUAUUUUUGGAGAGGGAAACAAUAUUUCAGAAUAAAACAGCUUAUUGUUUUAAAAUCAUGGAUACAACGUGGUUUACAAUAAUGAUACUGUCGUUGGAUAUCAUCGGAUUACUUCAGUUUUCGUGUCACUACAUUCACACAUUUGAGCUUGCCCCUGUAAUAUUUGGUAUGGUUCGGCAUGGAAACAAAAGUAUCAGUAGAGAAACAGAAAACGAUCGUAGUUGUAAUGUAAGAUAUAUUUGGUAUACAGUAGACGCAACAGAGAUAUAUCAAGUAUAUAGUGCAGUUCGGCAGUUAGAAAUGAGAUACAACGUUGAUGUGAUAGUUGUCCUAGACGAUCUUGGUGCAGAUCAUCAUUUAAUUACAACAACCACUGUUCCAUUAAUAAAAUGGGGAGCAAAGCCUGCAUAUAUAUUGAAGCAAAAUAUGGUCGCUCCUUUGAACAAUACACUGGGAAAGAUGAAUGAAGUGGAAUAUUGUCCUGUAGUUGAUGUACAAGAUAAAAAUGAUCCGUACUGUUUUGAAAAAGCAGUUGUGAAAGAGAUUAACAAGAAUAUUAAUAAUGAUACAAGUUUUAAAAUAAACGUGGAUGUCAGAGGCGCAGAUGUAAUAUCUAUUCUGAUCACAGGGAAACUAAAGUGGAAAUUAGUUAUUAUCUUUCAUGAUACAGAUACAGAAAUGGAAGCUGCCCGAGUAGUGGAUUUACUAUCAAAGAAUAGGAUAAUGAUAGUUAUUUAUAACUUAGACGUUGAAGCAGAUCUGAUAAAAAUACUCCACGAGGCGUAUCAAAAAAUUGUACCAUUGCAUACAGAAAUAAAUUUUGCUGUUCUCUGCAAAUUUGAUUGUAUACGAAGACUUUUUAAUACUGCGAAUCAUUUUGAUCAGACUGAUUUAAAAACAAAGACUCUACUUCGUCAGUUUUCUAGAUGGCUAGUCGUAGUAUAUGAUCAUCAUUUUCACUUGUCAGCCACAUUGAGAGAUUGCGCGAAGGAAAUCGACAAUAUUGCCGUUGUGGCUUUUCCAAGAAUUUCGUCAACAAAUGCGGAAAAGGUACACUAUUAUAACUUUUCAUUACCAUAA